AUGCUGGAGGGUAUGUCCCGACGCUCCCGCUCCCUGCUCUCCCUGACCUUAACCACUCUGGCUCUGGCCCUCUCCAUCCUGGCUCUCUGCACCUCCUAUUGGUGUGAGGGCACUCACAAGGUGGUGAAGCCCCUCUGCCUGUCACCUGUAAAAAUGAAGAACUGCGGUCAGAACAACAGCGAGCCUUACACCACAGAGAGCCCCACUCAGAACCCCUUCAACCGGACCCUGUCUCCUGCCAGGAGAGACGAGCUGGCAAAGAUCAGACAGAGGCAGCUGGCCAACGCAGUCCACUACAUCUGGGAGACGGGAGAAGACAAAUUUGCUUUCAGAUACUUCCACACCGGUUUCUGGGAGAGCUGUGAGCGACAUAAUGACGGGGAGAAAUGUCGAAGUUUUAUCGAUCUAACUCCUGGAGAGACACAAGGUGUUCUCUGGCUGUCAGUUGUAUCAGAGUUUACAUACAUCGGCUUACUCGGAAUGGGCUUCUUGCUGAUGUGGCUGGAAGUCCUGUGUUCACAUAAAGAGAUGCACUCGCUAAAAAUCAAUGCUUUUGCAGCUAUCUGCACAGUACUAUCAGGUCUUCUUGGGAUGGUGGCCCACAUGAUGUACACCACAGUUUUUCAGAUGACAGUUAUCGUGGGACCCAAAGACUGGCGACCUCAGUCCUGGGACUAUGGCUGGUCAUUUGCUCUCGCCUGGGUGUCCUUUAGUUGCUGUAUGGGUGCCGCUGUGGUCACACUCAACUCCUACACGAAGACCAUCAUCGAGCUGCGCCGCAGACAAAGGCUGCGUUUAGAGGAAGCUAGAGCCGCCACUCACGCUCCAGCUUAUGAUGAAGUCGUUCCAGGAGGUGGGCUCUACUCCGUAAGCGGCCUAUUGCAAUGUCCCGAGGGCAUGAUUGACGUAGCGUGGGCCCCGAAUGGCAGUGUGGUUGGAGUGGGAAACGGGGAUGUACCAACGCUGGUUUUAGUGGGAGGCUGUGGGCCUGAGGGGUGUGAGGACUGUGAGAGGGAGAUGGAUGAGAUGGAGGAGGCCAUGGAUCGGGUCGAUUCACCCUGUUAG